CCGGGAGCGUCCCACUCGCGGCGGGCGGCGACCCAGGAGACGCGUGGCAGCGCUUGGCCUCGCGGCGGCGGCGGCCCAGCCGUUGGCGGCGAGCGCGUGUGCGCCUGCGCGGCGGGCCCCGCGUCUCCUCCUCCCCGGCGCCCCCGGCGGCGUGUGAAUGGCGGCUUCGGCGGCGGCGGCAUCGGCCGCCUCGGCUGCCUCUGGCAGCCCGGGCCCCAGCGAGGGCUCGGCGGGCGGCGAGAAGCGCGCCGCUGCCUCCUCGGCUUCGGCGUCAGCUUCGGCUUCCGCGUCGUCGCCCGCGGGGGGCGGCGGAGAGGCGUUGGAGCUGCUGGAGCACUGCGGCGUCUGCCGGGAGCGCCUGCGGCCGGAGAGAGAACCGCGCCUGCUUCCCUGCCUGCACUCGGCCUGCAGCGCCUGCCUCGGGCCUGCAGUCCCUGCCGCUGCCAACAGCUCGGGAGAUGGCGGCGCGGCGGGCGACGGCGCUGUGGUGGACUGCCCUGUGUGUAAGCAGCAGUGCUUCUCUAAAGACAUCGUGGAGAAUUAUUUUAUGCGCGACAGUGGCAACAAGUCUGCCUCCGAUGCCCAAGAUGCAAACCAGUGCUGCACUAGCUGUGAGGAUAACGCCCCAGCUACCAGUUACUGCGUGGAGUGUUCGGAGCCACUGUGUGAGACAUGCGUGGAGGCACACCAGCGCGUGAAGUACACCAAGGACCAUACCGUGCGCUCCACUGGGCCAGCUAAGUCUCGGGAUGGUGAGCGUACCGUCUAUUGCAAUGUGCACAAGCAUGAGCCUCUCGUGCUGUUCUGUGAGAGCUGUGACACUCUGACCUGCCGAGACUGCCAACUUAACGCUCAUAAGGACCACCAGUAUCAGUUCCUAGAGGAUGCAGUGAGAAACCAGCGUAAGCUCCUGGCCUCACUGGUGAAGCGCCUGGGGGACAAACAUGCCACACUGCAGAAGAGCACCAAGGAGGUUCGCAGCUCGAUCCGCCAAGUGUCUGAUGUGCAGAAGCGUGUGCAGGUGGAUGUCAAGAUGGCCAUCCUACAGAUCAUGAAGGAAUUGAAUAAGCGGGGCCGUGUGCUGGUCAAUGAUGCCCAAAAGGUGACUGAAGGUCAGCAGGAGCGUCUGGAGCGGCAGCACUGGACCAUGACUAAGAUCCAGAAGCACCAGGAGCACAUCCUGCGUUUUGCCUCUUGGGCUCUGGAGAGUGACAACAACACAGCCCUGUUACUCUCUAAGAAGCUGAUCUAUUUCCAGCUGCACCGGGCCCUCAAAAUGAUUGUGGAUCCAGUGGAGCCACAUGGCGAGAUGAAGUUUCAGUGGGACCUCAAUGCCUGGACCAAGAGUGCCGAGGCCUUUGGCAAGAUUGUGGCAGAGCGUCCUGGUACCAACUCUACGGGCCCUACACCCAUGGCACCUCCAAGGGCCCCAGGUCCCCUGAGCAAGCAGGGCUCUGGCAGUAACCAGCCCAUGGAGGUGCAGGAAAGCUAUGGCUUUGGGUCAGAUGAUCCCUAUUCAAGUGCAGAGCCCCAUGUAUCAGGUGUGAAGCGGUCCCGCUCAGGUGACGGGGAGGUGAGCGGCCUCAUGCGCAAGGUGCCACGAGUGAGCCUAGAACGUCUGGAUCUGGACCUCACAGCUGAUAGCCAGCCGCCUGUCUUCAAGGUGUUCCCAGGCAGCACUACUGAGGACUAUAACCUCAUUGUUAUUGAACGUGGUGCUGGUGCUGCAACGGCUGGCCAGCCUGGGACUGCUCCACCGCUGCCUGGCAUGGCCAUUGUCAAGGAGGAAGAAACAGAAGCUGCCAUUGGAGCGCCUCCUGCUGCCACUGAGGGUCCUGAGACUAAGCCUGUGCUGAUGGCUCUGGCAGAGGGCUCAGGUGCAGAGGGUCCUCGCCUGGCCUCACCGAGUGGCAGCACCAGCUCAGGCUUGGAGGUGGUGGCUCCUGAGGGCUCCUCAGUCCCAGCUGGUGGCCCGGGCACCCUGGAUGACAGUGCUACCAUCUGCCGUGUCUGCCAGAAGCCAGGUGACCUGGUCAUGUGCAACCAGUGUGAGUUUUGCUUCCACCUGGACUGCCACCUGCCUGCCUUGCAGGAUGUGCCAGGGGAGGAGUGGAGCUGUUCACUCUGCCAUGUGCUCCCUGAUCUGAAGGAGGAGGAUGGCAGCCUCAACCUGGAUGGUGCAGACAGCACUAGUGUGGUAGCAAAGCUUUCGCCAGCCAAUCAGCGGAAAUGUGAGCGCGUGCUGCUGGCCCUGUUCUGCCAUGAGCCUUGUCGUCCCUUGCACCAGCUGGCCACUGACUCCACCUUUUCCCUGGACCAGCCUGGUGGCACUUUGGACCUGACACUGAUCCGUGCCCGUCUCCAGGAGAAAUUGUCGCCCCCUUACAGUUCCCCACAGGAGUUUGCCCAGGAUGUGGGCCGCAUGUUCAAGCAGUUUAACAAGUUGACAGAGGACAAGGCGGAUGUGCAGUCCAUCAUCGGCCUGCAGCGCUUCUUCGAGACACGCAUGAAUGAGGCCUUCGGGGAUACCAAGUUCUCUGCUGUGCUGGUGGAGCCUCCGCCGCUGAGCCUGCCUGGGGCUGGCCUAAGUUCCCAGGAGCUGUCUGGCCCUGGUGAUGGUCCCUGAGGCUGGGGACCCCCCAUGGCCAGCCUAACGUGGCUUUUCUCUCCUUCACUCUCUGCCCACCCCUGGUGGCCUGACUCCUUUUCCCUGGUGCCCCAUUCCCCAGCCCUUCACGAUAAUGGUUUUUACUUUGUGGAUUUAAUAAAAACUUCACCAGUU